AUGUCAUCACGUUCCGUAAUGGUUGAUGAGCAAAUGACAAUACCGAUGACAGGAGGAAAUGUUACAGAAGCAGCAUUCUUUAAUCGGAUAUUUCCAAGUAGUACCGGAAUGCGUUUUAAUUUUGAUGAUAUCCGAGAAUUUCUUCAUGAUCCACUUAUUGCACUUAUUGCAACAGAUUUAACGGCUGAUGAAAAUUUGGAUAAUAUUGAAACGGUUUUAAAACGAAUACGUCAUGGAAAACAGUAA